AUGAGAACAAGAGCGCCUGUCUUUGCCGGUCUGCUGUCCCUCGCGGCGCAGACUGGCAAGGCUGAUCCGACAUGGCCCGCCGCUACCGACCACAUGGAGGAGAUCAUCUAUCAGCUCCAGGGAGUCCAGGGGAGUCUGUUUAACGACAUCAUCACGCCUUGCGACAACGAGGCUGCCGGUCCUGGGCGCGUGACCGCCAGCGAGUGGCUGCGCGUGGGUUUCCAUGAUAUGGCACCGCACAACCGCUUCUUCGGCACCGGUGGACUUGACGGCUCGCUGCAGUUCGAGCUCAGCAACGGCGAAAACACCGGUCCCGGCCACAACACGACGCUCCAGUUUUACGCCAACUACUUGAGCUCCCAGUCCACCCUGGCCGACCUGAUCGCCGCUGGUGUGUACGCCUCUGUCCGCUCCUGCGGUGGUCCCGUCAUUCCCCUCAGACUAGGGCGGACGGACGCGACCUCGGCUGGCAGCGCCGGUGUCCCGCAGCCCCAGAACUCCGUUGCCACUUUCAGACAGCAGUUUGACCGCAUGGGAUUCACAGCCACCGAGAUGAUCCAACUGGUCGCCUGUGGCCAUACUCUCGGCUCCGUUCACAGCACCGAGUUCCCUCAGAUCGUCCCCGAGUCUGUUGGGCAGGUUCCUUUUGAUACGUCCAACGCCCAGUUCGACAACAAGGUGGCCACCGAAUAUGUUUCCGGGGACACGACUAACCCACUCGUCGUUGGUGCCGCUGUUGGCGUUGGCCGGCACUCGGAUUUCAAGGUCUACAGCUCGGACGGAAACGCGACUAUCAACACCAUGACCGACGCCACCGUCUUCCGUGACAAUUGCCAAGCCAUGCUCCAGAAGAUGAUCGAAGUUGUUCCCGAGGGCGUCACCCUUACUGAGCCCAUCGCACCAUACGCCGUCAAACCCGUCGACAUGCAAUUGACCCUGAACGCGGGUGGCACCAGCUUCCUUUUGACCGGCUUCAUCAGAGUCAGGACCACCGAGGUUCCGGCGAGCUCCAUUGAGAACGUCGUUCUUACCUGGAAGGAUCGGAGUGGCGGGAACAGCUGCGGGUCGUCUGCUACCUGCUCCACCACGGCCACGUUGCAGGGUGUCUCAAAUGGCUUUGAUGAUACCUUUGGCUUCUUCCCCAUCGAAGCGACCAUCCCCACCGCAGCCGGCAUCUCAUCGUUCACCAUCGUGGUGAACCACAGCGACGGUUCAAGCGAGACAUACGAUAACAAUGGCAACUCUUACCCCAUGUCUGAUGCUGUUGUCCUACAGAAGCCGCAGAGCUGCCUGCUCCAAGGACCCGGUUCUCUCACUGUUUCCGCACUGGUCCGCAAUGACCACAAGGAGCUGCCCGUUAACCUAGGCAUCUCGUAUCUGACGCCUCGUAAUACGGCUGACGGCAACCCGGUUCCGGCCCUGAACGAGGCCAACGUUGAGAUGGUGGAAGGUGAAUGUGUUGGCCAGUACACGUUUUACUCGGCCAGUUUCACCAUUCCGGGCGGUCUUAGCUUCAACUCCAGAAUUAGCGUGACUGCUGGCUCGGGUGCCACCGCUUACACAGACGACUUCAACAAGGCCAGCGACCUCGGCGGUACAUGCGGCACCUUCACCGGGGGCGCCACCUGCGCUGAUGUUACCACCCCUCCCAUUCCUUCGUCGACGACUUCCGUCCCUGGCUCAAGCUCAACCAGUGCUCCCGUCACCACCACUAGCUCCAGCAGCUCGACCGCUGCCCCGACGCCCGCCAUCAAGCCUACCGUUGGCGGUUACGUGUUCGUCGACUGCUGGACCGAAGGUUCGGGCGCGCGGGCGCUCGGCGGUGCCGCGUUCGCCUACGACGAGAUGACGCUCGAGUCCUGCAUGGCCAACUGCACCGGCUUCGAUUACUGGGCCACCGAGUACGGCAGAGAAUGCUACUGCGGCAACAGCCUCCACUCCAGCAGCACCGAGGCCCCCGUCGAGGAGUGCAACAUGGUCUGCGGCGGUGACCCGACCGAGUUCUGCGGCGCCGGAAACCGCCUUGAGCUGUACUCGACCACCGCGACCCGCACUACCUCUGCCACCCCCACUCCGACCGGAAGCCUGGCUGUCAAGCCGACCGUGGGCGACUACACCUUUGUCGGAUGCCAAACGGAGGCGACCGGGGGCAGGGCGCUUUCCGGGAAGGAUCUGUAUGCCGACGACGCCAUGACCCUGGAGCUAUGUGCGACGUACUGCGCCGGGUUCACCUACUUUGGCACUGAGUAUGGCCGUGAAUGCUACUGUGGCAACAGCCUCAACACCGGCAGCGUCUCGGCGCCUGUGACCGAGUGCAACAUGGUGUGCGGCGGUGACCCGUACGAAUACUGCGGCGCCGGCGACCGCCUGGAGCUCUACAGACUGUCGAGCGUGUCCUCCACGACGGACCCGUCCUCAGAAGUCUCUCUUCAAGCCACCACAACAACCACCACCAUCUCCGCCCCAACCGCCACCCUCACCCGCACCCCCACCGUCCCCCCCUUCACCCGCGCCGGCUGCUGGACCGAAGGCACGGGCGCACGCGCGCUCGGCGCCAAGACCUACGCCUCCACCACCAACAUGACGCUCGCGAACUGCGCAGCCUUUUGCGCCGGCCACCGCUUCUUCGGCACCGAGUACGCGUCCGAGUGCUACUGCGGCGACGUCCUGCACGCCUCGGCGUCCAACGCCUCCCUCGCCGACUGCGCCAUGCCCUGCUCCGGUGAUCGGAGCCAGUACUGUGGUGGGGCGGAUCGGAUCGAGUUGUAUGAGAAUGAGGACGUCGCUACUACAAACCCGCCGGCGGAGCCGUCACAGCCGGAUGCCGUUUCCUCCGGUGAGACUGAGUGGGAAUUUCACGGGUGCGUGACCGAGGGGGAUGGGGUGCGCGCGCUGGGUGCGGAGGCGCUCGCGUCGGAUGAGCUGACGCUGGAGGCGUGUGCGGUGUUCUGUGGGGCGUAUCAGUUCUUUGGGGCCGAGUAUGGGCGGGAGUGCUAUUGUGGGAAUGAGAUUGCCGAGAGCGCGGCUGAGGUGGCUGCUGCGGAGUGCUCGAUGGCGUGUGCCGGGGAUGGGGAGGUGUUGUGUGGGAAUGGGAAUCGGUUGAGUGUGUAUGCGAAGGUGGCGAUGUAA